AUGCCUGAUGGCCUCAUUGGUGGUGCCACUGAUGGUGUCAUUGGUGAAGCCACUGAUGGUGUCAUUGGUGGUGUCACUGAUGGUGUCAUUGGUGGUGUCACUGAUGGUGUCAUUGGUGGUGUCACUGAUGGUGUCAUGGGUGGUGUCACUGAUGGUGUCAUUGCUGGUGCCACUGAUGGUGUCAUUGGUGAAGCCACUGAUGGUGUCAUUGGUGGUGUCACUGAUGUUGUCAUUGGUGGUGUCACUGAUGUUGUCAUUGGUGGUGUCACUGAUGGUGUCAUUGGUGGUGACACUGAUGGUGUCAUUGGUGGUGACACUGAUGGUAUCAUUGGCAGUGACACUGAUGGUGGCAUUGGCGUUGCCAAUAAUGGUGGCAUUGGUGGUAUCACUGAUGGUGGCACUGGUGGUAUCACUGAUGGUGGCACUGGUGGUGGCACUGAUGGUGGCACUGGUGGUGACUCUGAUGGUGGCAUUGGUGGUGUCACUGAUGGUGGCACUGGUGGUGACAUUGAUGGUGGCACUGGUGGUAGCAUAGGUCGUGCCGCUGAUGGUGGCAUUGGUGGUGACACUGAUGGUGUCAUUGGUGGUGCCGCUGAUGGUAGCAUUGGUGGUGCUGCUGAUGGUGGCAUUGGUGGUGCUGCUGAUGGUAGCAUUGGUGGUGGCAUUGGUGUAGACACAGAUGGUGGCAUUGGUGGUGACACUGAUGGUGGCAUUGGUGGUGACACUGAUGGUGGCAUUGGUGGUGACACUAUUGGUGACAUUGGUGGUGACACUGAUGGUGACAUUGGUUGCGAUACUGGUGGCAGUGUUGGUGGUGACACUGAUGGUAUUGUUGGUGGUGACACUGAUAGUAGUGUUGGUGGUGACAAUGAUGGUAGUGUUGGUGGUGACACUGAUGGUAGUGUUGGUGGUGCAUUCGUAAUGAUCUUCUCUUUGAUUAAUGGUCAGAUUAAAGAUUUUUUUCAAAGUACUAUAACAACUUCACUGUGUUCCAUUUCAAUCAUGUGCAAAUGA